AAACCACAAACGAAGAAGAGAACGAGCCAAUCAGAUGUAGAGUACAGGAGAGCUGUCCAGACACGUCCAGACUGUACACGUGCUGUCCACGGUGCUACCUCAGAAGAAAAUGAAAACAAGGCCAGUUUCAUUUGUUGAUGAUGGCAGACAUGUCGAAAAGGAAUAGAGCCGCCUCGUGGGGGCUUUUCAGCAACUAUAGGUAUCUGUGCAAAAAAUCCAUGAUGCUUCGCGCCAUGGAGAGCGCAGGAGCCAGGAAGAAAUACCAGCAGAAGAUGAUGAUUGCCAAUGUGAAGAGGAAAACGAUGGACAACCACAACGAACUACUGGAAACAAAUAAACUGAUCAAAAAAACAAAGUUAAGCAAUGCAAACCAGGAAAGUCAAAACACUCUGAACUCUGAAAACACAAGGACUGAUGUAUCUAAACCUGGACUCUCUGAGGUUAAUGCUUCUGAUCACUGCAGUUUGGUCACAGCCCUCAGAGACAGAUGGGAGGUGGACAGUGGUUUCUCCUCUGAAGCGAGUCCUCCGGCAAGUGGUCGGAGCUCACCAUGCCUCAGCUCGUGUCCGACCACAGUGGUGGCAUUGGACUGUGAGAUGGUGGGGACGGGGCCCGGCGGAUGCUGUAGUGAGUUGGCCCGUUGCAGCAUCCUGGACUAUCACGGCAACGUAUUGUACGAUAAAUAUGUCAGACCGUGUCAGCCCGUCACAGACUACAGGACUCGCUGGAGUGGCAUCCAGAGGCAUCAUUUACACAACGCCAUCCCCUUUGCUCAGGCCAGGGAAGAGAUUCUCAGUAUACUCGAGGGCAAAGUGGUCAUCGGCCACUCCAUCUACAACGACUUUGAGGCGUUGGACAUGAUCCAUCCAGGUCACAUGGUCAGGGACACAUGCACAGCGCGCCACCUCAGCCGGUUGGCCGGUUUCCCCCGCGAGCGCUGCUCCUCCCUCAAAAUCUUGGCCAGCAGGCUGCUGAACAGGAGGAUACAGGUGGGGAGGAGAGGUCACUGUUCGGUGGAGGACGCACUGGCCGCUCUCGACCUGUACAAGCUGGUGGAGGGCGAGUGGGAGCAGGAGCUGCAGAACAAGCUGAGGGACGACGAUGCUCCGCUCCAGCCGAGCUUCGCCUCCUCAAACCACUACAUGCAGGAUGAGUACUGGCCUGAUGAUGUCACAGCUGACAGCCAAUGAGAGUAGAGUAUUAAUGAUGUGUGGUAGGAAAUACCUCAACAGAUUACUUUACAUGAUGACGAGCAGUCAUCGGAGCAGAUUCAGAUAAAUAAUGUGAAUAAAAAUAUCUCGACAGUAAAUCAAGUCUGGAUAAAAGUCAUGUGAGUAAAUUAACAAUGGCUCAUUUAUGGAGAGAAGGUGAAAAUAUAUUUUGCAUUGUGUCCUAUGAGAAGAUGUACUGUUUCAUUAUGGGGAAAAUAACUUUAUUGCCUAAAUGAAAGCACUAACUUAUUACUUUUAAACAUGUUAAACAUGGUUGGAGUUCCUUACAGCAGAGUUUUUGCUGUGAUACCAGAUAUUUACCUGCGGAGUUGUUGGUUAUUGAGUUAGUUGUGACUUGAUGUUUAAGGGGUGACAAAUGUUGGUGCUCUUACAGUUGGGUGUUACUAAAGGUAUGAAGAGUUUGGAGUUCAAACAGUAUUUGCUCUUACUUGAAAGGUAAAAUUUAACUAUUAUUAAGACAUGAGUCUGAUCCAAGGCCACACACGCAGCUAUUUUGGAUUUUAAACGUCUCUGUUCACAUGAGAACAUGGAAAUGUGGCUGCUAUGAGCAAGUUGCAGCUUUAAAAAUGUUUUUCACUGUUCAAAAGGGAAAAGCAUUUUUAUAAACAAGUUGAAACUGUAUUUUUGGUGUUUAAAGUGUUGCAGUUACCUCCACGUUUGUGUGGCCUUUAAGGUUUUAUAUUGUGAAUUGUACUUGAUUACCUCUCACUGUAAGCUGCUCUUAAAAUGUCCUAAUAAAGUGACUCCUUGUUCAAAUGAAA